AUGGCCUCUCCAGUCUUUCUCUACCUGUCCGACGACCCGCAAGCCUACCUCCUCUUCCUCAAAGAUUACAUCCGUCCUUGCGCCGACAUUUGCACCAACUGUAAAGUCCGCUGUCUCGACAACUUCAUCAAGACCGCAUCCGCCCCGGAUCUUGGGUGGAACCGGCUAUCGCCUGACGAACGGCCUCGUCCAGCGUAUACUCUUGUCGACGCCCAGCUAGCCAACUUGGGUAUUACCGCAGCCAACAGGUAUGGCUUAGAUUUGUCCGAACAAGAAAUCGAUGGCAUCUUCCAACCUGCCGUCCGCCGUUUGACGCUCAAUGCAAAUUGGGUUCUAGUAGUCGAGGCCUUCGCUGCAAUGACUGCCUACAGACACAUGGGCAGACCAGAUCGUGCGGACGAUCCCUAUGAUCAGUACAAGCUGGGUAAGAAGAUUCUUUGGAUGGCUUGUCCCCAGUUCACCACCCAGGAACUAGUCAAGCAUAAACCGUCCGUGGACUUGAUGUCUCAUUGGCUUUGGAACCUCGGCCAACUCCUAUCCGAUGGCGCGGACGUCUACCUCUCUUCAUCACCUCUCUCUGAUCCGUCCUCUUCAUCUGAGCUCCAGCCACUAGCCAACACCGCCCUCUGCACCUGCCCCAUUUUCUCCGUCCUCAACGGUAAACACCCCGAUGCACACACCGGAUACGAAUGGAUCAACGUCAUUCUGCGCGCCGCUCAACAGCGGGUUGAGCCUGCUCUUCUCCAAGCAUGGGCACAACCCUUCAACGAAGAGGAGCUUCUUACUUCUUCUGCCCCAUAUCGUCCGCUUUGUCCCGGCUACGACUGCCAGGCGGACACAAGCUGGCAAGAAGAUCAAGUGCACAAGCGGAACAACGUAGUGGAUGUUCCUCGACUUGCUGACUUUGUUUGGGAUUGGUCCGCGGAUCAAAUAAGACUCUUGGGCUCAGGAAAUGGGGCCGAUGAGGACCUUGCGGGACAUACUGCCAGUGAUGGUAUUUCCUUGGUUGGUACAAGUCCCAGUGACCCUUCCAAUCCCGAUUAUGAUCCCGUUUCCGCUGCUAUCGACCCCUCACACCCUCCAGACUCCCUUCACCCUGGCUUUCUUCUCCUCACCGGAACUCCCUCCAACUCCCCUUCCAUCAACUCCGAGUUCAGAGACUACCACCUCGACACCUUCCCACCCUGCCGCUUCGCCCACUCCCUCCGACAGGACCUCCUGCGUGCCUUUCUCGCUCACACAUUCCGCCUGAAUGCUGCCACAUGCGACAACCUCCCAGAUUUAUUCGUCAAAGCAGCUUUUGCAUCGUCCUAUUUACCCUCCUCCUCCUCCAGCUCCUCCUCCUCCUCCUCCUCCUCCUCUUCUCACACACCGCAUCUCCCGCCAAUCAAAUCCCUCUUCGACAUCGCCCACCGGCACUACUUCAUCCACAAAAACUCAUUGUUCAAAAUCCCCCUCGACCAAAACCAAGACCCAAAGGUAAAACCCUUCCGCCAUCCCCGCUUAUGCAGAAACCUAGGCUCCCACGACCCAAACGGGUUCCACUUUCGCCCGUCGUCGCGGGCGCAAGGGUGGUUAAUCAGUCACGGAACGAUCGAUUGGAAAACGGGAGCGGAUUUUGAGGAUCGGAAUAUCAGAUGGGGACCGCAGCAUUUGAUGAGACAGGUGUUUGAUUGGGAGGGCGGGGUUUUGGGGUGGGAGUUGGAUGACUAA